AUGGAAAGAUUCAAAGCAGUAAUAUUUGUCCUUCUGGUUUCAUGUAUCUGCAGGACUUUAGGACAGUCAUGUCAAGGAUUCUGUGAUAUUGAUUUAGGCGCGUGUUCAUGCGAGCCCACAUGUACAUCUCUGAAGACCUGCUGCACAGAUUAUAGAGAGUACUGCGUGAAUACCUUUCCAUAUUCUGGGACCAUUUUUGGUGGAACAGAUUUUGUUGUCCUUGAUGCAACUUUCAAUCAGAGUUCUCAGAUUAUAUGCAGGUUCGACGAUAGUAUCGAUACUUUGGGAUAUGUGGAUGACACAAGUAGAGGCCAUUGCAUCUCCCCUUUGUUAUAUGAAACAGGAUGGGUUUCUUUGCACAUCUCAGAUCACGGCAUGAGGUUCGACAGAGUUGGAUCCUGGCUCUCAGUUCACAGCGGCAAAGUCGAUCCCAAAUUCAAGGCGAAUCUGGUCAACUCAACCAAAUGGCAGUAUUAUGGCACACCUAAUGUUGGAGGCAGUCUUGAGAUGACCUGGAAUACCUCUUUAGUCAGAGCCGAUAGGGUCAACAUCGAGCUCUGGGGAUACAAGGAGACAGGGGAGCCCUAUUCAGACAACUGGCAGGGUAGAUGGGAGUAUCUGUACUCACUUGCAAAGCAUCAACCCAACAGCGGCUCCUUCAGCUUUGUGCCCAAACCAGCAGGGAACGGAUUUUCAAGCUGGGAGCUGGGAUCUGUGCGCGUCAGCCCCAGUACCUACCCUGAUGGCACGUGGAAUGUCCAAGCUGCUUGGACUGAGGAUCACGCUCUGGCCUGGCAUCUGGAGGAGAAAUUCAGGCAGGACUCGGCAGCUUGGGCCCUGGAGAAAUGUUUAGCAUGGGACCUGCUGGAAGAAGAGCUGCCCAACUUCCUCAAUGAGAUCAUAGACUGUCCCUGCACCUUGGCUCAAGCCAGAGCAGACACCGGGAGGUUUCAUACUGACUAUGGCUGUGACAUAGAGAAAGGGAGUGUGUGCACCCACCACCCUGGGAGUGUUCACUGUGUGAGGGCGAUACAAGCCAGCCCCUCAUAUGGAGCAGGACAGCAGUGCUGUUAUGACAAGAACGGUACUCAGGUCCUGACAGCAGACUCAAUCGGGGGCAGCACUCCAGACCGAGCACAUGACUGGGGCUCACCUCCCUUCAAAAAACCUCCUCGAAUCCCUGGAUUCUCUCACUGGGUCCAUGACGUUCUGAGCUUCUACUACUGCUGCCUCUGGUCUGACAACUGCAAAUACUACUUCAAACAUCGGCCCUCCACCGACUGCAGAGAAUACGAGCCACCCAGUUCAGCUGUGGUGUUUGGAGAUCCCCACUUCAUAACAUUUGAUGGUGUCAGCUACACCUUCAAUGGCAAAGGAGAAUACACUUUGGUGACGCAUAGAUUGCUGAGAAUCCAGGGCAGAACAGAGCCUGUGAACGAAACCUCGAUCAACGCAACAAUGUUGACGUCUGUCGCCAUGGAAAAUAUUCGCUUUAAUAUUAUUGAGGUCCGGCUGGCCAGCGCUCACAAUCACCUUGAAGUGCUGCAGAAUCACAAAACUCUGUCCUUUGCUGAGCAGAGCUGGAUGAACUUUGACGAUUCAUUUGUGUUUUGUCCUACCCCUACAAAUGUGACCGUGAUGUUCCCCUCUGGAGCCGGGGUGGAGGUGCGACUGAGAGAGGGAACCAUGACGACCACUGUGCUCCUGCCAGAGGAGUUUAAAGGCUCCAUUCGUGGUCUGUUGGGAAACAUGAACGAUGACCCCAAAGAUGACCUUGUUCACAGCAACGGUCAGCCCGUCCAGAACUACAGCAAUCCAGAGGAGGUGUUCAGAAUUGGGGCGAACUUCUGCAAAUGA